AUGGCUCGCCUUUCGUGGUGCUCGCUUGCUGUGUGCCUCCUGGUGCCGGCGGCAUCACUGGCUUCGAAUGGCGACCAGGAACGCUUAGCUGGCAAGUUCGACAAGGCGGCCUGUCCGGAUUACGCCCUUUAUGCCUCCUUCCCGCACCCGCCUCUGAGCAAGGGACCACUCCAGCUCCCUUUCCAGCGGCCAGAUCCUCGCUGCAGGACCUUCCAUUCAGAUGCGAUAGAGGGAGUCAUCCGCGACAUAACCUCGCGGAUGAAGGACGCCGACCUCGCCCGGCUUUUCGAGAAUGCCUACCCCUCUACCACGGACACAACGGUAAAGUUCCACACGGACGGAAACGAGGAGAAGAUAAAGAAGAAGCUGCGCAGGAGGAAGGAAGAGGAUGCUUGGCUUGACGAGGGCGAGUGGGAAGGCCCGCAGUCUUUUAUCAUUACGGGCGACAUCCUAGCCGAAUGGCUGCGGGACAGCACAAACCAACUGAAGCCUUACCAGUCGCUGGCGACCAAGGAUCCGGCCAUCUUCACUCUGAUACUGGGUGCCAUCAACACGCAGAGCGAAUAUGUGAUCCAGGCCCCUUACUGCAAUGCCUUUCAGCCGCCCCCCAUUUCGGGACUGCCCGUGAGCUUCAACGGGCAGGACGACGCCGUGCACCCCAUCUAUGAGCCGAGCGCAGUCUUUGAGUGCAAGUACGAACUCGACUCGCUGGCGCACUUCCUCGCGCUGGCCAACGAAUUCCACCACCACACAGGCAGCACGGACUUUAUGAACCAGCGCUGGUACAAGGCUGUCGCCAUGGUCCUCCACGUCCUCGACGCCCAGAGCAAGGGCACCUUCGACUCCGAGACGGGUUCGUUCCAGCCAAACGUCUACACUUUCCAGCGUCACACAACCACGGGCACCGAGACGCUCAACCUCAAUGGCAUCGGCAACCCGCUGAACAAUGGCACCGGCCUCAUCCGGUCCGCCUUCCGUCCCAGCGAUGACGCGACCAUCUUUGGCUUCUUCAUUCCCGCCAACGCGCAAAUGGCCGUGGAGCUGAAGCGCACCGCUCAGAUCCUGCUGUCAACGGGCAAGCAUGCAGACUCGAAGCUCGGCCAGACGCUUCAGGACUGGAGCAAGCGGAUCUCAGAGGGGAUAUGGGAGCAUGGUGUAGUGAACCACAAGAAAUACGGUCAGGUCUUUGCCUAUGAGGUGGAUGGAUACGGAAGCGCGGUGCUCAUGGACGAUGCCAACUACCCGAGCCUGUUGGCGCUGCCGCUUAUGGGAUUCGUUGAAAAGGAGGAUGCGACAUACCGAAAUACGAGGCGCAUGUUGCUGGAGAAGGAGGGGAAUCCGUAUUACUUGGCGGGGAAGGAUUUCAAGGGUAUCGGAGGACCGCAUAUUGGCCUACAGAAUGCGUGGCCCAUGAGUCUGCUCGUCCAGGCGCAGACAUCGGACGAUGACCAGGAGAUCGUGGAGUGCCUGCAGCUGGUGCUCGAAUCGAGCAAGCUUGGAUUGAUACAUGAGAGUAUCAACGUGGAUUAUUCACGCUCGUAUACUCGGAGUUGGUUCGCGUGGGCGAACGGGGUUUUUGCCGAGACAAUAUUGAACCUGGCGAAGCGGAAACCUCAUCUGAUAUUCAAGGACUCGAUGCCGUACGAGUUGUAG